AUGGCUCAAAUUCCAGUUGUGUAUGGGGAGUGGAAGAUUGAGGAGAAUUCAUGGCAUUUUGUUGUUGACAUGGGCAAAGGUGGAAGAAUGUGGUUUUUGAACGAUGGUUGCACCUUGGGGGAGCUUACUGAGAAGGCGCGAGAUGAUUAUAACUUGGGCAAGAAGACUGAGCUCAUCAAGUUAACCUACUCACUACCAGUCUCAAUGUUGCAAACUAUGGCUCCAGAUACACCUCCAAUGCAUGUCACCAACGAUAGACAAAUUUCAAGCUUGAUUGCGUUAAGCAGAGUGCAUAUGAACAUUCCUACCGAUGAUGAGGCAGACAGUUCUGAUGUGAACGAGGAUGGAGAAGAUGUCGACGAUGCAGCUUACUCUGACAGAGAAGAUUACAGUGUCUACGGUAAAGUGAAAGAUGAAGAUGAAGUCUGUAUUGAAAAUGUCAGAAACAGAUAUGGUGAAACCAGAAGCACGCCCAUGUCAUGGUCUGAUAAUAUAUAUGUUAGGGCAAGUUUCCCUACAAAGGAGAAGCUGUUAUCAGAGGUUAAAUUGACUGCGAUAAUGUUAAAAUUUGCUUUUAAAACAAAGAAGUCUACCAAGACCCUGUUUGUGGCUAAAUGUCGAGUGGAAGGAUGUGCUUGGAUGGUUAGAGCGAGCGUGAAGAAUUAUGCAUCCACUUUUUGGGUGACAAAAUAUGUGAAAGACCACACAUGUUCAAUAGGUCAUCGAAAGGCUCAGCGUGGGAAGUCUACUCCUAAGUAUAUUGUCAAGCUGUUUAUAAGCCAUUUGGGCAUCAUUGAUGGAAUUAUACCAGAACAUGUCAGGGUUUCAAUGAAGCAUAUGUUUGGCAUCAAGAUGGAUUACACUACUUCAUACAGAUCUUUGAUAUAUGCCCAAAAAUUGGUCAGGGGAACGGCUGAAGAUGGAUAUGCGAGUCUCCCAGCUUACCUACAUUCAGUGAACAAAGCCAAUCCGGGAACUGUAUCAGCUCUUCAUGUAGAUUCGAAUAACAAAUUCAAAUAUCUAUUUCUCGCAUUUGGAGCAUCGAUUGCCGGUUUUCAGUACAUGAGAAGAGUUAUUGUGGUUGAUGGAUGUCAUCUAACAGGGAAAUACGAAGGUACUUUGUUGGUUGCCACCGCACAAGAUGGAAACUUUUAG